AUGGUUGGCCUAACAACGGACGACAUGAUUGUCCGGACGCAGCAACAGCAGCAACCAUCGCCAAACCGACAUUUAGGCGUUGGUCAAAGUGAUUUUCCCGUGUUUAUUCCACCAAGAAAACGGCAAACGGGAAAGAAAUCCAACCAUGGCAAUCAUAUCGACCAUAUCGUCAAUAUACAGGGUACACGUAAAGAAUGGGACUUGACACCGGAACGUGAAGACUGUCGAAAGAAUAAAAGAUGGAACAGUGAAGAAAUCAUUGAAAUAACAUCGAACAGUAAAGGGCCAACCCCGAACGGCACCAACGAAGAUGAGGAUGAUUUAAAUGAACUACAGCACUUUCAUCCACUUAAGGAUAGUUCCACCGUUACGCCGAGCAGCAUCUCGGAGAGUAGUCUCGAUCGAAAAUCAAGCAAAUCAGCCGAAUUGCUAACCGGAGGGAGUGGUGGCAAACGUUCUAAAAAGCGUGUCAAUAUUCGCACAGAUUUGGAUGAAAUCGGUCGUCGUCGAUCACCGUCUGCGAUCUGCAACUACGAGGAUCUUGAGUCGGGCGAAACGAGUGUACUAAACGCGGAACUAGAUCAGCAAAGUCUCGAGCGUUACAAUACGAACCGAUCGUAUGGCUCGUCCACCGACAACUAUCUUACGAUGACGGGUACGAUCAAACGUGGCCGCAAAAAAGGACAAUCGAUCGAUGUACAGCUUAACAUUUCCCGCGAAGAGUUAGAGCAGAUCAGCAAGCAGGCACUCGCCGUACACGGAGAGGCGAAUCAAACCGAUCGAAGGUGCUGUACACUGCGAACAGGCGUACACAUACUACUGCUUUCACUAAUAUGUCUACCGUUUGUGGCAUUUACCACCGGAGUCUACUCUUUCUACAUGGGCACCGUAACGUGGUACAAUAUGUUUACGUACUUUAACGAGGAGCGAUCGUUCUGCCAUAAGCUGCUAAUGUCACCACUGCUCAUACUGGCCUAUCCGCUCGGUAUUGUGCUGUGUACGGUGGGACUUGCCCUUUACGCUGGUAUACGACAGAUUAGUGUCCACUUUCGGGCAUGGCUGAACGAAAUAUCGGACAUCGAGAAAGGGUUCUAUGGUUGGUUGUGUUCGGUGCUGCAUCUUUCCGACUGUAGCCCGUACGAGGUAGUCAUACUGACUGAGAUCUGUCCAGCGAACGCUUCGCACGGUGGACAUACGGUCGGUGACGAUGGAGUACAGGCGGGUGCGCGUGUUCAUCCGAGCGAUGGACGGCUGCAGGGUGAAUCGACGCAAAUUAAUUCUUCCACCGAAGAGCUUUCGGUUUGA